AUGGCUCAGAUGGUUGGCACAGACGAGAUAGAGUCAUUGAGAGUUGAGUUGGCGGAGAUAGGAAGAAGCAUUAGAUCAUCUUUCCGGCGUCAUACCUCAAGUUUCCGAAGCAGCUCCGGAUUGAGUUCUACGAAGGGUGAUGCUGAAGCUGAUCAAUAUGCUUUGGAGUGGGCUGCAAUUGAGAGAUUGCCUACAUAUGACCGGCUGAGAUCAUCCUUAUUUGAUAAGGAUGAUGAGGAUGCUGGUGGUACUGAUAAUGCAGGAAAACAGGUGAUCGAUGUUACCAAGCUUGGAGCUCUAGAACGGCAUGUGUUCAUAGAGAAGCUCAUCAAACACAUUGAGAAUGACAACCUUCGAUUGCUGCGAAAAAUUAGAAACCGAAUAGACAAAGUUGGUGUAAAAUUGCCCGCUGUGGAAGUGAGAUACAAAAAUCUGCGGGUGGAAGCAGAGUGUGAAGUAGUACACGGCAAGCCCCUUCCAACACUCUGGAAUACUGUUAAAAGCAUGCUCUCUGACUGCGCUAAGCUGCCAGGUUCAAAGUCACGUCAAGCCAAGAUAAACAUCAUCAAUGACGUUAGUGGUAUCAUCAAGCCCGGAAGGGUAACUCUACUGCUUGGGCCCCCAGGUUGUGGGAAGACCUCCCUUUUAAAGGCUCUGUCAGGGAAUCUAGAUCAAUCUCUCAAGCUUACUGGGGAAAUUUCCUAUAAUGGAUACAAACUAGAAGAGUUUGUUCCACAAAAGACUUCAGCUUAUAUUAGCCAAAAUGACGUGCACAUUCCUGUCAUGACUGUGAGGGAAACACUGGACUUUUCAGCCCGUUGUCAGGGUGUCGGAAGCCGGGCAGAGAUUAUGAUGGAAAUCGGUAAAAGGGAGAAGGAAGCUGGAAUUGUUCCGGAUCCAGAUAUAGACACUUACAUGAAGGCAAUUUCUGUUGAAGGACUAAAAAGCACAAUUCAAACAGACUACAUACUAAAGAUCCUUGGACUUGAUAUCUGUGCUGACACUCUAGUUGGAGAUGCAUUGAGAAGAGGCAUAUCUGGUGGUCAGAAAAAGAGAUUGACUACAGGGGAGAUGAUUGUAGGUCCUACAAAAGCUCUGUUAAUGGAUGAAAUCACAAAUGGGUUAGAUAGUUCCACUGCAUUUCAAGUUGUUACUUGUCUUCAGCAGCUGGUGCAUAUCACAGAUGCUACAGUACUGAUUUCGCUUCUUCAGCCAGCACCAGAAACCUUUGAUCUUUUUGAUGACCUCAUUUUAAUGUCAGGAGGAAAGAUUGUGUAUCAUGGUCCACGUGAUCAUGUUCUAGAGUAUUUUGAGGAUUGCGGUUUUAAGUGUCCUGAGAGGAAAGGGGUUGCUGAUUUUGUCCAAGAGGUUAUCUCUAGAAAAGAUCAAGCACAAUACUGGCAUCGCACAGAAGUACCUUACAGUUAUGUUUCAGUUGACAUGUUCUCUAGGAAGUUCAAGGAGUCUCCUUAUGGAAAGAAGCUAGAUGAGGAGCUCUCAGAGCCAUAUGAUAAAUCCCAAAGCCAUCAAAAUGCUCUUUCCUUUAGUCCAUAUUCUCUUUCUAAAUGGGAACUUUUUAGAGCUUGUGCGUCAAGGGAACUUCUUCUCAUGAAAAGGAGUUCUUUUAUCUAUAUAUUCAAAACAACUCAGGUUACUAUUGUUGCAUGUAUCACGAUGACUGUAUUUUUACGGACUCGCAUGGAUGUUGAUGUUACUCAUGCAAAUUACUAUAUGGGUGCCCUGUUUUUUGCUCUUAUCAUCUUUCUUGUUAAUGGGAUCCCAGAGUUGUCCAUGACUAUUCAAAGGCUUGAAGUUUUCUACAAACAGAAAGCAAUGUGUUUCUACCCAGCUUGGGCUUAUGCUAUUCCAGCAAGUCUUCUAAAGAUUCCUCUUUCAUUUGUGGACUCUAUAGUUUGGACAACUCUUACAUAUUAUGUUAUUGGGUAUACUCCUGAGGCCCAGAGGUUCUUCCGCCAGUUUGUUCUACUUUUUGCAGUGCACUUAUCUUCAUUAUCCAUGUUCCGUUUCCUGGCCUCGGUAUUUCAGAAUAAUAAUGCUUCGAUGACAGCUGCUAGUUUUGCAAUAUUACUUCUCGUAACAUUUGGCGGCUUCAUCAUCAAAAAAUCUUCUAUACCUGUUUGGUUGAAGUGGGGCUUCUGGGUUUCUCCCCUGACGUAUGGAGAGAUAGGCCUUUCUGUAAAUGAAUUUCUUGCCCCAAGAUGGCAGAAGAUGUUGUCCACAAACAUUACAAUAGGGCUAGAAAUACUUGAAAGUCGAGGACUAAACUUUAAUGGAAACCUAUAUUGGAUAUCAGUUGGUGCCUUAUUUGGAUUUGCAUUAGCUUUCAACAUUGGAUACAUCCUGGCCUUAAGUUUCUUGAAGUCUCCUGGAUCAUCUCGUGCUAUUAUUUCGCAUGAAAAGCUCUCCAAAAUUCAAGGAAGUGAAGAUUCACACCAUGAUGCCCAUGUGGACAAAAAAUCUAGAAAUUUUCCUCCACAUACUAAUAUGGAACCAAAUAAAGGCAGGAUGGUCUUACCUUUUACACCCUUAACAGUAGUGUUUCAAGAAGUGCAAUACUAUGUUGACUCCCCCUUGGAAAUGAGGGAAAGGGGAUUCACCAACAAAAAACUCCAACUUCUUUCUGAUAUUACCGGUGCAUUGAGGCCUGGUGUUCUUACAGCAUUAAUGGGUGUCAGUGGAGCUGGGAAAACAACUCUUCUGGAUGUUCUAGCAGGAAGAAAGACCGGUGGCUAUAUCGAAGGGCAAACAAAGAUUGGAGGGUAUCCCAAGGUUCAAGAAACGUUUGCUAGGAUAUCUGGUUACUGUGAGCAAACUGAUAUACAUUCUCCUCAAAUCACUGUAGAAGAAUCGGUGAUCUUUUCUGCUUGGCUCCGUUUAUCUCCUGAGAUAGACUCAAAAACUAAAGCUGAAUUUGUGGAUGAAGUCCUGGAGACCAUUGAGCUUGAUGAAAUAAAGGAUGCCUUAGUAGGAGUAACUGGAGUUAGUGGUCUAUCAACAGAGCAGCGUAAGCGGCUUACAAUAGCUGUGGAGUUUGUUGCCAACCCCUCUGUUAUCUUCAUGGAUGAACCAACAACGGGUUUGGAUGCAAGAGCAGCUGCAAUUGUGAUGCGAGCAGUGAAGAAUGUAGCUGAUACAGGAAGAACAAUUGUUUGUACUGUCCACCAACCUAGUAUUGACAUAUUUGAAUCAUUUGAUGAGCUAAUCCUUCUAAAAACUGGUGGACACAUGAUAUACUCUGGACCAUUAGGACAGCAUUCAAGUAGGGUUAUAGAAUAUUUUGAGGGUAUUUCGGGAGUUCCAAAGAUUAGAGAUAAUUAUAAUCCAGCAACGUGGAUGUUAGAGGUCACUUCUAUAUCUGCAGAAGCUGUACUUGGUGUAGAUUUUGCCCAGAAAUACAGGGAAUCUACUUUAUAUGAGAACAACAAAGAGCUUGUGAGGCAGUUGAGCACUCCACCUCAUGGUUCAAGAGAUCUGCAUUUUCCUACCCGCUUUUCACAAAAUGGUUGGGGACAAAUCAAAUCUUGCCUAUGGAAACAGCAUUUGUCUUAUUGGAGGAAUCCUGCAUACAACUUGAUGCGGAUCAUGCAUUCGUUUGUAACAGCUUUAAUAUUUGGGGCAUUAUAUUGGAACCAAGGAAAAAAAUUAAAUAACCAGCAGAACUUAUUCAAUGUAUUCGGUUCAAUGUAUGCUGCUGUGAUCUUCUUGGGUAUAAAUAACUGUACAACAGUUCUACAACAUGUUGCAACAGAGCGAACCGUUAUGUACCGGGAAAGAUUUUCAGGGAUGUACUCUUCAUGGGCUUAUUCAAUUGGACAGGUGAUAGUGGAAGUUCCCUAUCUUUUCACCGAAACUGCUAUAUUUGUGAUAAUCACAUAUCCAAUGAUUGGAUAUUAUGGAUCAGCUUAUAAGGUUUUCUGGUACUUCUAUGCAAUAUUUUGUUCAUUGCUGUACUUCAAUUAUAUGGGGAUGCUACUUGUGUCGAUGACGCCGAACUUCAUGAUAGCUGGAAUUUUGUCCUCAGCCUUCUACACAAUCUUCAACCUGUUUUCUGGUUUUCUGAUGCCUGAACCGCAAAUUCCAAAGUGGUGGGUCUGGAUGUAUUAUCUUACUCCUACAUCUUGGUCGCUGAACGGUUUGCUUACUUCACAAUAUGGAGAUAUAAAUACAGAGAUCAUGGUGUUUGGAGAAACCAAAACGGUGGCAGCCUUCUUAAAAGAUUACUUUGGGUUUCACCAUGAUCGCUUACCUCUUGUGGCGGUUCUUCUCAUUGCCUUCCCCCUUGUUUUUGUUUCCUUGUUUGCAUAUUUUAUAGGACGGCUGAACUUCCAGCGUAGGUAAACCUUUGGCUCCCUGUAGAGGAUGGAGAUGUUGUAUGCAGCCAGCAAGCCUUUUGUUUGCAUGUAAUGUCUUGA